UUCCAAAUGUCUAUAGUUAAAGUGAUAAUUGUUCUAUCAUCAUGCCAAGUUAUUGGUAGUAUCUCUUAUCGCCCCGUUGUUGUUUUUAUAGAGAUCUCAUUCUCAUAUAUGGUCAUAAGAUAACAAGCAUAACUUUCCCUCUCAGAGGAGACAUUAUUUGUACAGCAAGCUCUGAUUUAGCUAAGUUUGUGUACGGCUCGUUUCUAGACACACAGCACUAGUUGAAUGAUGACCAAUCUAAAAAGAUGUGCUGCGUAAAUUUGACCCGUGUUGAUCUAUCUUUGUUGAAUUAAAAUAAAGGCAAGCCUACAGAGUCUGUUUACUUUUCGGUGUUUUAUUUAUCAUUUUUAUUUUGUUGUCCGUUAGUUACUAGACUGCACCGUCACGAUUAAUAUAUAGGAAAACAAUAGAAGUAUCACAUCAUUUAUUGGGUUGAAUCAUUUUAAAACAACUUUAACAUUUCAGAAAGAACUGUGACAAUUUCGUGAAUCUUUCAAUUUUAACUUAUUGUUGAUUGUAAAAAAUAAAGCACAGCAAAUUCCGCAAAAGUGUGUCUCUUCUUCAGAUAGGAUUCAUUAAAGCUGGUCUUGCGCUUGCCCCCUCUGCCCCUCUCCUCCUCCAACUUCUGAGUCCUACCUUGUGCGUCACGUGGUCUAGCCCGUACAAAUAACUCCCAGUAAAGUUUUCCAGCAGAGAACUAAUCGGAGCUCUAUUAAAUCAGCAAUUAUCAGCGACGUUAACUAUCUUCACUUACAAAGAAGUGAUAGAGAGAGAGGCUUAGACCAUCCGGGGAAGUAAGAAAUAUUUUUUCCUCGUAAACUUUUCGGCACAAAGGCGUUUUGUACAUCUUUGUGGGAGCCUCGGUCACUUUCGUUGAGUCUAUCUAAGUGAACAAGUUUGAACAAAGCGCUGCUGAACCUGCUCCUCUGGAAAAAGCUUUAUCACCCAACUGUUCUUAUCUGGAACGGAUUUAUUUGCUCAUUAUCCCGCAAACUGGAUAACGAAAAAUCGCCGACGACUCAAGCUGUCCUAGGAGCUAAUUGAAAGUGUCUUGUCGUGACCCACUUUGUCCCAGGAGUCCAAACCCAUAUUCUUCCAUAUAGGGCGAGAAUACGGUGUUAAAAUGUACCAAAGCCUUGCUAUGUCAUCCAACCAGUCCCCAUACGCACACGAUGCAGGGAACUACAUGCACCCUUCAGCGAGUUCCCCAGUCUACGUGCCCACUACGAGGGUGCCUGCUAUGCUGCAAACCCUGCCGUACUUGCAAACAUGCGAGUCCGCCCAUCAGUCCCAUGGCCUCGGCGGGCAUCACGGCUGGUCUCCGGCUGGCUCAGACAGUUCGUCUUUCAUUCCGGGCAGCCCCCAUCCGCCUCCCGGGUUCUCUUACUCUCACAGCCCGCCAGUAAGCAGCAAUAACGGCAGGGACACAGCCUACCAGAACCAGCUAGUGCUUAGUAACGGUGGUCGGGUUGACCACUAUGGCAGCACAUUAGUGCGGUCCGUUGGAGGAUCAUUCUCGAGUCCCUACGCGUAUAUGAGCCCGGAGAUGGCGACCUCUUGGACACCUGGACACUUUGAGAGCGGCAUGAUCAGUCUUCAGGGACGACAAGGUUGCCUGUCUGGUAGACGGUCCAGUUUUGACAUGUCAGAGGAGUUCCCAGGAGAGGGGCGCGAGUGCGUAAACUGUGGCUCCAUCUCUACUCCUCUGUGGCGACGGGAUGGUACCGGGCACUACCUCUGCAAUGCCUGCGGACUGUACCACAAGAUGAAUGGAAUCAACAGACCGCUCAUCAAACCCCAGAAACGCCUGCAGACCACAUCUCGCCGGGCCGGCCUGUGCUGCACUAACUGCCACACCAGUACCACCACGCUGUGGCGUCGCAGUGCAGAGGGAGAGCCUGUCUGCAACGCGUGUGGCCUCUACAUGAAACUACAUGGGAUCCCCAGACCAAUGGCCAUGAAGAAGGAAAGCAUUCAGACAAGGAAACGGAAACCUAAGAUGCCGAAGUCCAAAACCUCAACAGGAGGGUCGUCAGCAUCAGGCACCAACUCCCCGUUCUCCCUGUCUGUCUCAGAACAUGCCUCUACUAUAAAGAGUGAACCCAACAUGGUCCCCUCCCCCCACGCCAGACAGGCCAUAGCCUCUAUGUCCCAGACUUCAUCACAUCUGGAUAGUGCAGGAUCAGGACAUGUGGACAUCAAGUAUGAGGACUACCCCUUCACUCCUGCGUCUAUCGCCCCACAGAACUCCUGGUGUGCUCUGUCUCAGGCGUGAGCUAGCUAGACCACAGUUCACUUGGACCAGGUCCUGGGCCUGGGCCUGGACACAGCUUAGCUCAGCUCACUGUGGAUAAUAUAGACUUGUGAAGAGAACUACCUGUUAUUGACUAACUCUUUUUCCCGUGGAAUUGAGGAAUCGAAAAACAGAAGGAAGCGACGGCAAUCAAGUGGAAUGUAUUUGUGGCUACUAUCAAUACUAUUUCUAGUUUUUGUUGUUGUUGUUGUCUUUAUUGAUGUUGUCAUUAUUGAUAUUUUGCUGAGUUCACCAUCGUAGUUUUACAUGGUGUUUCAAGAAAUAACCAGAAAGAGUUCAAUAAGUUAUUACAGAGUGUUAAAGGGAUACUUCGGGAUUUUUCAAUGAAGCCCUUUAUCUACUGACCCAGAGUCAGAUGAGGCCCUUUAUCUACUGACCCAGAGUCAGAUGAGGCCCUUUAUCUACUGACCCAGAGUCAGAUGAGGCUCUUUAUCUACUGACCCAGAGUCAGAUGAGGCUCUUUAUCUACUGACCCAGAGUCAGAUGAGGCCCUUUAUCUACUGACCCAGAGUCAGAUGAGGCUCUUUAUCUACUGACCCAGAGUCAGAUGAAGCCCUUUAUCUACUGACCCAGAGUCAGAUGAGGCUCUUUAUCUACUGACCCAGAGUCAGAUGAAGCCCUUUAUCUACUGACCCAGAGUCAGAUGAACCCAUGGAUACCAUUUUUAUGGUUCUGUGUCCAUUAUGAAGAAAGUUAGAGGUAGUUUCACGAGCCAAUGCAAAUUAGCGUUAGCGCAAUGACUGGGAGUCUAUGGGUGUCUGCUAGCAUGUAGAGACAUACAAAUGGUAUCCACGAUCUGGUAUCCUUCAUCUGACUCUGUGGAAAUAGAUAAAGAGUUUCAUUGCCAAAAUCCAGAAGUAUUCCUUUAAACACAAAACCGGAUGCACAAAGAAUACAAGUGUUUUAUUACCUCUGAACGUGUUUCAUUACUGCUGUGUAGAUGGUUAACUUUCAUAGAAACAUUAUUUAUGUUGAGAUAAGAAUCAUCACAAAACACCAAAGACAACAUGUCAAAUCCCAGAAGUCCCUUCCCUUCUCAGAAUGUUUUGUAUGUUCAAGGUAUGACCUCAAAAAUAGGAAGUAUAGAUUUACAUGUGUUUUGUAUGUAAUGAAUUACAGAUGUUGUUCAUUUAACAAACGAUGCAAAUAUAUUCAUUUCUAUUUUAUCAGAUAGGUUAAAAGUGGCUAAAUACUUUUUUAUUUUAUUUUAGACGUCACAACUGCAUACUGAAUCAGUUUUCUAUAUUUCCAAAACCACUGUUCUAUUAGUUCAAAUUUUUACAAUGUAUCGUCUGAUCAUUUAACGUGCAAUUACUUCAUUUUCAAAAAUGUAAGACAAAGAAAAAUAUACUUUUAUGUUAAUUAUUCUGAAUAUGUUAUUCAACUUGUUUUUGCUGUAUUUUUUGUUGCUGUUGAAAUAUAAGGGAGUUCUAUUUGUAUUUCAUAACGUACAAUUGUAAUGUUCAGGGACUUGAACCUAAUUAUACUUUUUAGCUUUUUUAACCAGGUGCGAUAGUCUCUCUGGUUUUGCAAUGCUCUUUGAAAUCUGUUUAGUUUAUUAAACCGAUAAAUUCA